GCCUUGCCUUAACAGGUGUUGGUGCCUGCCGUGGACGCGUUCUGACCUGUGCCGUAUCUCUCUCUGGAGACUGUGCCUAAGGUUGGGGACAGUGAGGUCGUUGCCUUGACGACAGCAUGCGGUCCGCGGUCCUCCUAAGUGUGAGCUUGCAGCGGGCCGAGGCCCCUCUCCCUGCCUGCCGGCUUCACCUAGGACCCGUGGCUGUGUCUGCAGAAGAAAUCACAGCAGCGCUGGAACUGCUGGUUUGGUAGUCAGCAUCUUUUAGACCUGCCAGCGACAUGCAGUGCACCUCAAAUUUGUUUCCAAGUUGAAAACCUUGGGUCUUUCCAGCGAAGGGAUUUGAAGAAACACAAGAAAAAUUCCUACUGGCUUUAAAUUAAAAUGGAAAAGUAUGAGAACCUAGGAUUGGUUGGAGAAGGGAGUUAUGGAAUGGUGAUGAAGUGUAGGAAUAAAGAUAGUGGAAGAAUUGUGGCCAUCAAGAAGUUCUUAGAAAGUGAUGAUGACAAAAUGGUUAAAAAGAUUGCCAUGCGAGAGGUCAAGUUACUGAAGCAACUGAGGCAUGAGAAUUUGGUGAACCUCUUGGAAGUAUGUAAGAAAAAGAAACGAUGGUACCUAGUCUUUGAAUUUGUGGACCACACAAUUCUUGACGACUUGGAGCUCUUUCCUAAUGGACUAGACUACCAAGUAGUUCAAAAGUAUUUGUUUCAGAUUAUUAAUGGAAUUGCAUUUUGUCACAGUCACAAUAUCAUACACAGAGAUGUAAAGCCAGAGAAUAUAUUAGUCUCCCAGUCUGGCGUUGUCAAGCUAUGCGAUUUCGGGUUUGCGCGGACACUGGCAGCUCCCGGGGAGGUUUACACGGACUACGUGGCCACCCGGUGGUACAGAGCUCCUGAGCUGCUGGUCGGUGAUGUCAAGUACGGCAAGGCUGUAGAUGUGUGGGCCAUUGGUUGCCUGGUCACUGAAAUGCUUAUGGGGGAACCCUUGUUUCCUGGAGAUUCUGAUAUUGAUCAAUUAUAUCAUAUUAUGAUGUGUUUAGGUAAUCUCAUUCCAAGACAUCAGGAGUUGUUUUACAAAAAUCCUGUGUUUGCUGGAGUCACGUUGCCUGAAAUCAAAGAAAUGGAGCCUCUUGAAAAACGCUAUCCUAAGCUCUCCGAAGUGGUGAUAGAUUUAGCAAAGAAAUGCCUACAUAUUGACCCCGACAAAAGGCCCUUCUGUGCUGAGCUCUUACACCACGAUUUCUUUCAAAAGGAUGGAUUUGCUGAGAGGUUUUCACAGGAACUGCAGUUAAAAGUACAGAAAGAUGCCAGAAAUAUUUCUGUAUCCAAGAAGUCCCAAAGCAGAAAGAAGGAAAAGGAAAAAGAUGAUUCCUUAGGUGAAGAAAGAAAAACACUGGUGGUGCAGGAUACCAACGCUGAUCCCAAAAUGAAGGAUUCUAGAGUAUUUAAAAUGAAGGGGUCAAAAGUUGAUGGAGAAAAAGUUGAAAAAGGCAACCGAACUUCAAAUACCAGCUGUCUCCAUGACACCGGGGCAAGCCAUGUCAAAACGGUGCCUUCCUCGAGCCUCAGGGACGGCAGCAAUGUCAGUGUGGAUCACGCGAGGAACCCAGGCACGGCAAUUCCCCCUCUGACACACAACCUUUCCGCAGUUGCUCCUGGCAUUAAUUCCGGAAUGAGCACCAUCUCCGGAGUUCAGAGUUAUAGAGUGGAUGAGAAAACUAAGAAGUAUUGCAUUCCAUUCGUGAAACCAAAUAAACAGUCUCCAUCAGGCAUCUACACCAUGAACGUGACCACAUCGGUCUCUAGUGAAAAGAGCUUCCUUCAAGCAAAUAAGAAAAGAAGGGAAUACUGCAGGACAGACGUCCGUCUGCCUGAACUAAGAGCCUUGGAAGGCAUAGCUCGAAAUUCUAGGCUAAUAAGGAAAGAGAACAAAAUUCUUUCAGAAUCUCGAAUUCCUUCUCUGGCUGCUAUCGACCUGCAUGCCCCCAGUAUUGCAUUACAUCAGGUAUCAGGGUCUCCUCUGUCAGAUGAUUCAGCGAGGGAUUCGCCUGGAAUGGAACACCAGCACUGAGGAUCAUUUUGCUUCUGAACUGGAUGCUGCUCUAGCACUUGCGAUGACAUCCUCUUGCAACAAGAGUGCCAGCACCCCAGGAGGAUCCAUGCUUGGUUUUGACUGUUUCCUUCUGAACGGCCCGCAUUUUCUGAGAAAGACCUCGCAGAAUCAAGAAAGACAAAGACUUCCACAUGUUUCAAAGGAAGAUCGAACAAGCGCCCCUCCAUGUCUGUCAUCCUGUCACCUUUCAUGUUUACCAAUGCUAUUUCAAGAUAUAUCCGAUGGAAGAAUAGUGAUAAGUUCUGGUUACAUGGAUGUGUAUUUACUGUUAAUAAAUUGUGUAUGUAAAGUUACCUAAGAUUAAAAGUGCGUAAAAAAGGGGGAAAGAGAGAAACGUUAUAAAAUGUCAUGCUAUUCAUGCACUGAACUUUCUGUGUUAUUUGUAUAGAUAUGUAUAUUUAUUUAAGAGUGGGUUUGGUCAGGGGUAGAUGAUACAAAGUACGGUGAGUUGAAGAAGAUGAAAACACUGGGAUCCUAAGGGAAAAUGUCUUCUUUUUUUGAAUUACACUUAAAACCUUGUUUCUAGGCAUCAAGGGGAUAUGUAACUGCAGUCUAUGGUUGGGUAAUUUCUUUGGCUUCUGUGACAGUUGUUGAUGUUUAAUCAGUGUACAGCGGGAAUCUGGUCUCUCUUCCAUAAGAACCGCACUAGUGAAAAUCAGGCAAAGAAACCUUUUAUUGCUUCCUGUCUCAACAUAACUGUGGCACUGGUAGCCAUCCGUAUUGUAAGGGUCUGUGCUAAUGUUCCUGUGUGAAGAAACACAACUGGAAUAAGAGUGGAGAAGGAGAGCUUUGCAAGUAUGCCUUGGAGUUGAGUACUGCACUUUUCAGUGAAGAAAGGUAUUUUUAGGAGCCGGAAGUCAGGUUAACCUAUUGAUCAGUGCUGAUUACUUGUCUCUGGGCUAUUUGGUCAGGAGUCACUCCCUGAAGAGGCUUUGGAGAGGGAAUAUUGGUUAUCAUAAUCCAUUCUUAUCCAUGGGUAGUUUGAGGGUGCUAUUAAACAGAACCCAGAGAUGUUCCUGUCUUCUUGUUACCUUAAACAUG